CCCAAAAUGCUCGGGUUACAGGCAUGAGCCACCUUGCAGAUCAUAAUCUACCUUCUCAGCCCAAGGAGCAUAGCAUUGGUCAGAAGCAUCACCAGGAGGAAAUAAUUCACAAGUUGGCCAUGCAGCUGAGACACAUUGGGGACAGUAUUGAUCAUAGGAUGGUUCGAGAGGAUCUUCAACAGGAUGGCAUAGAUGCACUAGAUGGUUUUGUCUUCUUUUUCUUUAGAAGAGUUCAGGUGUUGUUGCAUUUUUUCUGGAACAACCAUUUGCUGUAAAAGGAAAGUAAAGGUCAAGUUCUGCUUUCUUUUUACCCUCUGAGAAACAUGAAUCCCACUGGGACAGACAGGAAGAACAACCUUCUUCGUCUCCCAUCACUGUUGGUCUACACCUGGUUUGUUGAAGAACUGCAGGCUCACGAGCCAUUUGUCUCUUCGGAGGAACUAGCUAUGAGAUGUCUGCAAUCACGUCAUGAUAAAGCCCAAGGAGUAAACCCCAGGAAGCCUUGCUGCCCAGAAAAUGCCAGUGCUGUGGAUGGUCCCAGGGCUCCUUGUGAGGAAACCUUGAACAUUUCCUUCCAGGAAUGAAAGAGAAUCUCGUCCACAAACUAAAGAUCACAGAAAUGGGCACUUUCUCCUGGGCCACUCCCUGGGCACCAUGCCCUCUGGUGACCUGUUGGCUCCACUCUCGUUACUCAUGUCCAGAUCUGCAGUGACAGCUUCUCCUUCUCAGUGACAUGUCACCUCCCUGCCCCAGUCCUGGCCCCAACUCUCUCUGGAAAAUCGAAGUGAAACAUUUGUCUCUAAUACUCAAAUCCAACAUAUGGUCCAUCUCAUCUACCUUCCCAUUUCCAUGCCUAGAGGCCCCACGACUACCACUAGCACCGUUGGGUGUUUCCUUCUCAGGCUCUGAUUCUACAACAUUUACGUUCUUGUCUCACCUUUGAUCCUCUUACUCCUCUGUGACCCCCUUCAGGUCUUCCUUCAGCACUCCAGUGUUUUCCCAUACCACUCAACCCUGCUCCAAGGUGUCUUUCCCUGCUCUGCCAUCCUCUUUUAGGCUUGCCUGCUUAAAAUUGGGAGUGCUUAGUCCUUAGCCAACAGUCCUGCCUUCUAGAAGAGUGUAAGACCUGACAGAGUUAUGAAUCCAUCACAAGGCAAAAACUUCUCUGUUCCUAUUGCUGGAUGGUUUUGCUGUUAUUGGUUGGUGGGCCCUUUGCCUGUUGAAUGUAUUUCACUCAUUCUCUCCUGCACGCUCUGACGCAGUUCUUUCACCUCCAUUCUUCUCCUUUUACGUUUUGUCUACCUCAUAGUCCCUCUCUCCCCUCCUUUAAAAUAAUUAUAAAUAUUAAGAAGGUUUGUUGUUAUAAAUUAAAAGUUUAUGUAUCUUGAGCUCUUCAUAGUAGUGUUAUUUUUAAAAAUUCUAAAACAGAAAUAAAUAUUGUUAUUUUAUUGAGCAUGAAA